GGGGCUACAAGUGCGUGCGUGUGCACGUGUGCGCGCGUGCAUAAUAUUCCUCCCGCUUCCUUUCCCGGCGGGACUGCGCGCUGGGAGCAGGUAGUAGUGGAGCAUCACCCACGUCUCACUGUCACACCUGCGGGCGAACUUCUCCCACGCAGCCUCGGUGUUGAUCCCUUCAGCAGGCCCAGCUUCUGCUGUCCGCAGCGGCCAUGAUGACUUACUACAUGGAUCCAGUUUCUUCCUAUCCGGCCCUUCACCCCUGUGACCGUCUGGGCGCGACGGUAAGACCCCCGCUCCCGACUCUCUCCCCCUCGUAAAUCACCUCAGACGACCGACUCACCACGCUGCCCAGAGAUGUUGCAACUCUGGAAUCCAUCACCUCCAUUUUUGUGUGUGUGUGUUGCGUUCACUGUCCUCACCCUUUCAUCCAGCAAACGUUGACCAAUUUCCUUCGUCGGCCUUAUGACCUUUUGCACAAGCCAAACAGGCUAACAGGCGGCGCUCGGAGACCUGGCACUAAGCGGUCCUAACACAGUCGCCGCCAAACAAAGUGUUCCCGAACAACAGAGCGGGAGGAAGCGGGGAACAUUGGGAUUCCUGUCAGGUGAGCGUUGGAAAGGUGAAGGCCAGAGAGCAGCAAGACAAAUGCGCACAUUUGUAUGCAGAGCUGCAGCGCAUUAGGAUAAGAGGCGGAGGUUAUAUGCUAAUGACAACCUGAUACAAAACAUGGAAGCCGCUCCUAAUUGGCCCAGGUGGCGGGGCUCGCCUUUGGAAUUGAAACGCUGGUACGCCAGGGCGGAUAUGGUCAAAAGAAGCAGAGCGGGGGAGUCGCCGUCAGUCCUCAGUUUCAUCUUCCGGCUGUUGUCCACCCUCAGCAGCAGCACUUCCACCCCUCACAGCCGCUCUACCCCCAACAUGUGCCCCUGCAGGAGGUCCCCAAUGGACGUGACACGUGUCCCACAGAUCCGGAGUGUGGCGAUAUCCCCUUGCUAACUCCCGGAAGCAAAGAGAUGAUGUCCCAAGCUCUGAAGGCCACGUUCAGCGGCUUCACCAAAGAACAGCAGCGGCUGGGCAUCCCCAAAGACCCCAGACAGUGGAGCGAAAACCACGUGGCGGCGUGGCUAACCUGGACCGUGAACGAGUUCAGCCUGAAGAACGUGGACUUUGACAAAUUCUGCAUGAACGGCGGGAGCCUGUGCGCCAUGGGCAAGGAGCGCUUCCUGGACUUGGCGCCCGACUUUGUGGGCGACAUCCUUUGGGAGCAUUUGGAAAUGCUUCAAAAAGAGGAUACAAAGCAUUACCCCAACAACGGACUGACCUCCAACUUCCAGGAAUCCCGUUAUACCUCAGACUACUUUGUCAGCUAUGGCGUCGAGCACGCCCAGUGCGUCCCCCCCUCCGAAUACUCUGAGCCCAGCUUCAUCACCGAGUCCUACCAGACCCUCCACCCCAUCAGCUCGGAGGAGUUGCUGACGCUCAAAUACGAGAGCGAGUACCCGGCCGUCAUCCUGCGGGACACGCCCCUCAACCCCCUGCCGGGAGACUACUUUUCCAUCAAGCAGGAGGUGGUGUCCCCUGACAACAUGUGUGUGGGACGCCUGAGCAGAGGUAAACUCGGGGGCCAGGAUUCUUUCGAGAGCAUCGAGAGCUUCGAGAGCUGUGACCGGCUGACGCAGUCGUGGAGCAGCCAGUCGUCGUUCAGCAGCCUCCAGCGAGUACCGUCGUACGACAGCUUCGACUCGGAGGACUACCCCACGGCGCUGCACGGCCACAAGCCCAAGGGCACCUUUAAGGACUACGUGAGGGAGCGCUCGGACCUCAGCAAGGACAAACCCGUCAUCCCCGCAGCGGCGCUGGCGGGAUACACAGGUACCGGGCCCAUCCAGCUGUGGCAGUUUCUGCUGGAGCUGCUGACCGACAAAUCUUGCCAGUCCUUCAUCAGCUGGACAGGCGACGGCUGGGAGUUCAAGCUUUCCGACCCAGAUGAGGUUGCUCGGAGGUGGGGCAAGAGGAAAAACAAGCCCAAGAUGAACUACGAGAAGCUGAGCCGCGGCCUGCGCUACUACUACGACAAGAACAUCAUCCACAAAACGUCGGGGAAGCGCUACGUGUACCGCUUUGUCUGUGACUUAAAAAGCCUGCUGGGCUACACCCCGGAGGAGCUGCACGCCAUGUUGGACGUAAAGCCCGACACGGACGAGUGAACGUAGAAAAUCCGAAGCAUCGUUAGACGGCGAAGCUAUGUGGACUCAUAAAGUGGGGGGAGGGGACCAAAAAUGUUUUUAUCGACUUCCUGGUUUUGUCGUCUUAUAGCGUUUGUCGGAUGGGGACACAAAGCCAAAAGCCUGUAUUCAUAUCCUGUUGUGUCGGACUCCAGCAAGAGGACAAUUGUUUUCAGCUUGGACCAAAAAGUCACAUAUAAACUGUCUGAGAGAAGAUGCAGUGUUAUUUAACGGACGCAGACCACAAGCACAGUGCAACAGGCCUACUAUAUAUGAACAUGUAUCCACAACCAAAGUGGAAGCCAAGUAGAAGAAGCCUUGACGUGCUGACUGGGGCGAGGGAUCACUCAUAACAAGAGUGUCUGCCAGACGACCUGAAAGUAACCGUUACACUUACGAAACUUUCACCUUUACGUGCUUUCUUGUCAGACAAAAAGUAUGCUUUUUUUUUUUUGCAUAAACCAGCAGUAUUAGCACACCAUAGACAAUCAUCGGGGCUUAAAUUCUUUGGUUGUUUUCAUGGUCGUCCAUUUCAGCAUUGUUUCACUGAUUUCAAAUCACAAAAGUGAAAGCUUAGAAUGUCAGGACAAGGUGGAUGCAGGAUGUUAGGGGGGGUGGAGGGAGGGGUAGAAAGAGUCCGAAUGUUAAUAAUGGAAAAUGAAAGAAAUACUCGUGCUUUUACCAGAAUUUAGUCGGAUAUCGUACGAGAAAUCAAUCAAUGCUUUGAGUCGUUCCACAUAAAGUACAUACAAUCCAUCCUAAUAUAUACUCCUUGUCUUUACGAGGGUCACGACUAAACUGAAUGCUAGCCCAGCUGACUCCUGGGAGAAAGGCAAGUUAAACCCAGGACUGGUCGCCAGCCAAUCACAGGGCAGAUAUAAAAACAAUGGCCAAUUUCAAGUGUCCAAUUGACUUAAUGUGCAUGCCUUCCUGUGAAAACCCACGUGGAGGAACGCCACUUGACGAUGCUAAUUAUACACCAAAAAAAAUAACACACAAUUAUAAUCUGAAAUCACUCAAAACUCUUACAGUAAGCAAAAUAAUCUGCCAGCAGAACAAGGUUUGCUAAAAGCAGAAUUUCUUGUUCGGUUAGUCAGAAAAAUAAUAUGUUGUUAAGUCAAUAUUUUCAACCUAAAUUUCAGAUAUCCUUCAUUUCAGUUUUUGCUGUGUAUUUUUGCAUCGUAUCGCUUUUAUUCCCAAACUUAAGGCUGUUAAAAAAAAAAGUAGGACAGCUUAAUAAUUGAGCAAGAACACCUUUUUAAAAUGGCUUUUUAAAUUCAUGUUUUUAAAAAUACUUUCUGGUCUUAACUGUUAAAUCAUGUUGAUUGUGUCUUUGAUAUAGUAAGUUUAUUAAUUAGGUAUCAAUUUGAAUGUACAGUGGUACCUUCAGUUUAUGUAAUCCGUUCGCAAAAGGUCUGACAAAAAAACCAAUCGUACGAUAUCAGAAGACUUUCCCAUAUCCAUCCAUCCAUUUUCUACCGCUUAUUCCCUUUGGGGUCGCGGGGGGCGCUGGAGCCUAUCUCAGCUACAAUCGGGCGGAAGGCAGGGUACACCCUGGACAAGUCGCCACCUCAUCGCAGACUUUCCCAUAUCAAAUAAUGUAAAUCCAAUGAAUCCAUACCAGACACCAAAAUUAUGAACACGUAAUAGUGAAUAAUUAUAGUUUUACAUGCAGAAAUAAUAAAUGCAUAGUAUACUCGUUGGCCCCGUACAAAAAAAAAAAAAAAAGCAAUGCGUGAGAUUCUGUUUAGGCACUCGAUACCGAUAACAGACACAGUAUAGGAAAAAUGUUGGAGUGCAUGAUGAUAUCAAGCUGAUAUGGGGAAUUAUUGAAAAAUAGCUCUGAUAAGUAAAUUUAAAAAAACGAUGCAAUGAGGAGAGACUACACAUCAAACCUUAUAAGCCACGUGAAAGGCCAGAAUGGCUACAGAAGUGUUUUGAUAGCCUAGAAAAGACGGUAAGGAAGUUGCCGGUAAGGAAAUUGCCGAACAUUUUUUUUUUUAAAAGACUAUCCAAGGGCUAAAACGAUCCGUGAUAUCAUCAUGGAAAUGAGCCUUUUACCAUGGUUGGAGAUACUAGUGAUAUUCUGGACACAUCUACAGGUACUGUUUGUCAAAUCCACUUUCUUACCUUAAGGUGGGCACAAACUACAGUCUGAUCAAAACAAAGUUGCAAACCAAUUUACACGAAAACUAGAGAUGUCCGAUAAUAUUGGACUGCCGAUAUUAUUGGCUGAUAAAUGCUUUAAAAUGUAAUAUCAGAAAUUAUCGGUAUUGGAUUCAAAAAGUAAAAUUAUGACUUUAAAACGCCACUGUACAUAGUGGUACACGGACGUAGGGAGAAGUACAGAGCAGUUGCGUCUCCCAGUCAUACUUGCCAACCCUCCUGAAUUCCAGUGUCCCUCCCGAAAAUCUCCCUGGGCAACCAUUCUCCCGAAUUUCCUCCCAGACAACAAUAUUGAGGGCGUGCCUUAAAGGCACUGCCUUGGCAUGCCGGCCCAAUCACAUAAUAUCUACGGCUUUUCACACACACAAGUGAAUGCAAAUCAUACUUGGUCAACAGCCAUACAGGUCACACUGAGGGUAGCCGUAUAAACAACUUUAACACUGUUACAAAUAUCCGCCACACUCUGAAUCCACACCAAACAUGAAUGAUAAACACAUUUCGGGAGAACAUCCGCACCGUAACACAACAUAAACACAACAGAACAAAUACCCAGAAACCCUCGCAGCACUAACUCUUCCGGGACGCUACAAUAUACACCCCCUGCUACCCCCUACCCCCACCUCAACCUCCUCAUGCUCUCUCAGGGAGAGCAUGUCCCAAAUUCCAAGCUGCUGUUUUGAGGCAUGUUAAAAAAAAAUAAUGCACUUUGUGACUUCAAUAAUAAAUAGGGCAGUGCCAUGUUGGCAUUUUUUUUCCAUAACUUGAGUUGAUUUAUUUUGGAAAACCUUGUUACAUUGUUUAAUGCAUCCAGCGGGGCAUCACAACAAAAUUAGGCAUAAUAAUGUGUUAAUUCCACGACUGUAUGUAUCGGUAUCGGUAAUUAAGAAUUGGACAACAUCGGCAAAAAAGCCAUUAUCGGACACCUCUAACGAAAACCAUAGCAAUCCAAGGUACCACUGUAUAUAUUUUUUAAUGUGAAAAUGUUUUUUCCUCAAUGUUCUUAGAAAGAUAAGACUUGUACCAUAGCGUACACUAAUCACCUUCUUUAAGUAGCAUACAGGUUGGGACUGACUCAACAGUGCCUGCUGGUUGCAGUCAAGUAUUGCAAUUCAUAUUCCCCCAAUUAACUUGAAUCUAUCACUUUAACAUGUUACUUUUUGUUAGAAAUCCUACUAAAUUCUGGUGCAAACAUGCUCAGGUAAUAAGCAGUCGGCGUGAGACUGGAGACGAUGUAAGAUGUACGGCUUGUGCAAAGGUGCAGCGGUGGGAAGUGUGGCUGUACACUGGCUUUAUGGGAAAUGCCAAAGUGGAGCAUCCUCUUAUAAAAUACAAAUGUUAUUGUUUACAGUAGCUGAAUGUUACCCAUAUUGAUGAAAAUAGCUUUUUUUUUUUUUUAAAGAGAUGUCUAUUUGUACAGAUUGUGUUUCAUGAUGCUUCAUUGAGACCCGACUUAGGCGCAAGUAAGCAAGCUGACAAAGCCGCAAAAAUAACCAAAAUCCAUGUGAGGUCUUUGGACGCUGUGCUAUGUGUAUCGAUGGAGCCGAAUUCUCACACAGGUUUUUUUUUUUUUUUUUUUUUUUUU